ACGCAGCCAGCACUACGAUUCCCGCGAGCCCCCGCGCGAAGGCGGCCCCAGAAGGGAUGCCGCGCUGGGGCUGGGGCGAGUCCGGCAGGGCGCUGUGGGCGCUGCGAGGGAGGGCGGCGAGCGGCAUGGCCCUGGCCGAGGAGGCGAAGCGGCGGGCCGCCUGGGCCGCCGUCGAGGCCCACGUGCAGAAUAAUCACGUUCUUGGAAUUGGAAGCGGCUCCACCAUCGUGCAUGCCGUAAAUCGGCUGGCAGCAAGAGUGAAGCAAGAGAAUCUCACCAUUACUUGUAUACCUACAUCUUUUCAGGCUCGCCAAUUGAUUCUGCAGAAUGGCUUAACCUUAAGUGACCUGGACCGACACCCUGAGCUGGAUGUUGCCAUUGAUGGAGCUGAUGAAGUUGACUGGGAUCUCAAUCUUAUUAAAGGAGGAGGGGGCUGCCUGACGCAGGAGAAGAUUGUUGCUGGUUAUGCAAAAUGCUUGGUUAUUAUUGCUGAUUACAGAAAGAAGUCUAAAAGCCUUGGAGAGCAAUGGAAGAACGGGAUCCCUAUAGAAGUAAUCCCUAUGGCCUAUAGACCAGUUACCAGGGCCCUGAGCAAAAGGUUUGGUGGUGUAGCAGAGCUGAGGAUGGCUGUCAAUAAAGCGGGUCCAGUGGUGACAGACAAUGGGAAUUUUCUGUUGGAUUGGAAAUUUGACAAAGUUCAUAACUGGAAUGAUGUGAACAUGGCAAUCAAGAUGAUACCAGGAGUGGUGGAAACUGGUCUCUUUAUUGACAUGGCCGAGCGAGUUUAUUUUGGUAUGGAAGAUGGCUCAGUCAGCAUCCAUGAAAAGCCAGCCCACUGACCAACCCUCCUGCACCUGGCCUUCACUUGAUUAUCAUGAGGGUGCCAUUGACAUCUUGCCUUAGUGUGUGUGUGCGCAGAAUCAGUGAAUGAGCGAAAAGUCCUGCAGAUUUAGCUGAAAUGAAUUUUUUUAAAUCUAUUUUUUUACUUUUUCAUGAAUGUUUGUAUCUUUUUAAAAGGCAGUUAUCAAUGUUGAAUAAAAUUUAUUUUAAGCUUUUUUCAUUUGCUGUUUAAACAAAAUGUUUACCAAACGACCACACAACCUUUAUUAGGCAUUUAAAAUGUUUAAUAAAAUUCAACGAAGCUUCCAAAGUGGUUACUAACCAUCUACAACGACAGUGUCGGGUGGGGUUGUGGUAACUGGCGCUUUUGGUGUUAAUACGCCUCUAAAGACAGACGAUUCUUAUUUCAUUGGAACUCACAGAUGCCUUCUUGGAGCCACUUGGUUCUGUUUUUUAAAAUAAUUUUUCAUAAUGUUUUUAAUAAUUUGCAAUGUUUUAAUAAUGCAGCCGGUCUAAUUUUGCUAUAAUAUCUGCUCUGUGAGAGAUCAUAGUGUGAAGUUUUAUUUAUGACUAAUUAUUGUAUUUCCGGCAGUGCUCUGGUUGUUCUAUGUUGUUCUCAUAACAUAUGUGAAAAGGAUGAAAAAUGUGUUUGCAUCCCGGGCUAGCUGCAGCCAGCACUGGCAUGCAAAGCUCAACAUGCCACUGGCUCAAAACACGCAGGUCCUGCCUUUGGGCUUUCCUGAGGUUGCAUGAGAAUAACUGUGCCGGAGGGUCUCCCGCGCUCCUUGAGUAAAGGAUAGAUUUGGGCUCACCUUGGUGCUUAAACAGUGUUUCAGUCUUUUGCUGGCUCCUUUCCCACUGGAGGAGUGUGGGUGUUCAUAUUCUGAUUUCUUUACCAAAAGCAUUGUUUAUUUUCAGAGCCACUUGAAUAGUUAACACAAAGUUCAGUGUAGAGCCUAAUUCUGCUUUGCGGUGGUUCAUUUUCUCUUACUGGUUCACUUUCUCACAUGUUGAUGUUUCACAGAACAUAUAUUCUAAAUACAAAGAAUGAUUGAGCUUCCUCCCAGUCAUCAAAAUGUAGCAGGAGCAAGGCACUUUUUAAAUUUCUCAUGUUGCAUUUCUAAGUACUUGGUUAUUUCUUUUGGUAAACGCUUUGCAUAAAAGGCUCAGAAUUGUUACAAGUGAUAAAAUAAAAAACUGCCAAACGUU